CCUUCUCGAUGCCGAACAGGCACAUCCUGUAACAGGCGCCUCAAAUUGAGGCGCUAAUCCUUGUAUAUAAAGGGCUUUGCCCAACUAUCAAUGACACAAGUUUUCCAUCAAAUCUUUACACGUUAUCAGCCAUGCUAGCCUCGACCAACAGAGCACGAACAAGAAGAGACGAGAAGGUGAGAUGGCAGGGAUGAACCUGCAUAGAAUCGCCACUGCCCUUGUUCGAUUCAUUUGACGGGAGAUCCGUCGAUCUGCCAGACGCCACAGUGCUGGUGUUCCUCGCCAUUGGGGCCCAGGCAACGGCCGCCGUGGUCGUCGUGGUCGUCAGGAUCACCCUGGCCCCGCCGCCGCAGAGCAGGCAGGACCAAGCAACCCAUCUGCCGCCGUCCACCACGCCUACCAGGCACCCCCGAUGCCGGCCUUCGUCGCUCCGCAAAUGGACUGGGCUCCCGCCGAUGCAGCAGCCCUGUUCCUGGGAGAGGAGGACUUCUUCGACGCCGCUCAGGCCCCGCCACCGCCCGGGAUCUUCUCCGGCAACGGCAUGGACGUAGGCGUGGCCUUCUGUCUGGUGCACGGAUACGCCCCUUGCCCUGCCCGCGAUUUCUGCCCCGUGCACGGGUACGGGCCGUGCCCUCCACCGCCGGCCACUCCACCACCAGAACCGGAGGUCAUCGACGAGCCGCUCGCCUACCCGGACCUCCCAAUGCCGACGCCCGCCGACGAAGACGAGGAGCACUUCGCCCCUCCAGGCUAUGGCCCUGUGCCCGCCAUGAUGGAGUGGGAGGUGACGCCGAACGAAGAGGAGGAGCAGUGGCUCAACUCCGUUGUGAAGCAGGAGCCAACCACGCCGGCGGAGACCAAAGAACCCGGCGCCACCAUCCCCGACCUCAACACUGCCACCUGCGUGAAGAUCGAGGAAGCGGCGUCGUCUUCCAAGGCCCCAGCAUCUCCGCCGCCUCCGCCCCCGGCAAGCCCGCUAACGCCUCCACCGGCGGCUCCCCGGAUCCUUUGCCGUUUCGCGGCGGCGCUGGAGCAGCACCGCCCCGGCCUCCGCUCCGGCUCCUGGGCCCCUGCAGGCCUCCACCUCCCCGGCUACGCCGCGGGGGGACCCUCCUCCUCCUGAAGAUCGCCGGCGCUGGGCGCCAUCGGCGGCGGCCGGCGGGAUCCCGUGGAGGUGGCGGUGGAAUGGGGGGGAUUGACCCCAACCGCCCCACCUCCCAGUCCCCCUUAUCCGCUCGAUGUCUCCAUCAGUGGCGCCGCCAUGGGCCUGGGCCGAAAGGCCUCGUGGGCUGUGGCCCAUGUUGCAACGACUAGGAAAAAAAUACCCAACGGGUUAUAGGCUAGAUUGCAGAAAAAUCCUUUUAUUAUCGGGAUUUCGUGCAUUAGUCCAACUACUAGCACUAAUUUAGUGCUUGUCAUGUUUUAGCCCCGUAAAUUUGGGAAUUCGCAGAUACGUUCAACUACUAGUGCUGUAAUUAAGUAUUGUCAUGUUUUAGACCUUGUAUCUCGAUGUGGUUAUAUAUUGUACUCGAUUAAAUUGUGUAUUGAUGUUUAGACCAUAUUAUUUCUAUAAAUCAUUAUAUGUUCAAUGUGUUUGCAA